GUCACGAGAGGUGGCGGCGAAGACGGUUGUUGGGGAGGGCGACGUGGCUUUGAUUUUGGCCGCUUCGCCGCGUCUUUCUCCUGAACGCAGAGCCGGAGGAUGGAGCAGGUGGAAGCAAAGCAGUAAGCGUGGGAGGAUGCGGACGGAAGAAAGGGGGUACCUCUAAACCUGGAGUAGAUGAUGCUUAUUUGCCGCAGGCCCCGCCAUCGUGAUAUUGUAUACCGACUUGCGGCGGAUGGGGUGACCGAGCUCCCUGCUCCGCCGGGGAGGUCCCUGCCUUCGGACGUUACCGGGGUGGGAGCUGCCUGUGCCCGGUUCUGAGGAAGGGAAGGAGUGGCAGGAAAGACAAUGCAGACGGAGGAGGAGACGGCCGCCGCAGAAGAGCCCAUUUUGGAGGAAGGGUCGGGAAGAGAGCAGCAACGGCCAGUCCAACAGUCUCUGGCCUCUUCGCUGUGUCGGGAGUCUCACUGGAAGUGCCUCCUCCUGACCCUCCUCAUGUACGGCUGCUUUGCCACACUGGCCUGGUGCGCUCUCUGUCGCAUACCUGUUCUCGGCUCCUCCAUAUCUGCUGAUGGCACCUCGGCGGCCUACGACAUCCGGCAAUGGGAGAGCCCGUGUUCUAGUGGUUAUGUCUACAUCCCCUUGGCCUUCCUGGCCAUGCUGUAUGUGGUUUACCUGGUGGAGUGUUGGCACUGCUUCUCCAAGACAGCCAUGUUGGCUCAUGCUGAAUUCCAGGAAGUAUAUGAGCGUGUGCAGAGACUUCAGCAGGCCACACCCUGUAUUUGGUGGAAGGCCAUCAGCUAUCACUAUGUCAGGAGGACCAGACAGGUGACAAGAUACCGCAACGGAGAUGCAUAUACAACCACACAGGUCUACCACGAGCGGGUGAACACUCAUGCCUCAAGUUCAGAGUUUGACUAUGCCCGCUAUGGCGUCAAAGACGUAUCAAAGGAACUGCUGGACCUGCAGCUGCACCCUGCUGUUCGCCUCCGUUUCACCAAGUGUUUCAGCUUCUCAAGUGCACGUGCUGAAGCUGCCUACCUCACCCAGCGAGCGCGCUUUUUCGGAGAGAACGAGGGGCUUGAUGACUACAUGGAGGCCAGGGAGGGAAUGCACCUUAAAAAUGUGGAUUUCCGCGAACACAUCCUAGCAUUCCCAGAUCCGGCUCAUCAGCCGUGGUUCUCGAGACACCGGGUGUUCUGGUUGGCUUCAGCUUUCCUCUUGUCAUGGCCGCUGCGAGUUGUGUCAGAAUACCGCACAGCGUAUGUCCACUACCACGUGGAGAAGCUGUUCGGAGAGGAUGAGGAUAACAGUGGGGGAGUUGGCGGAGGAGGGCCAGGUGGAGGUGGAAGAGGGGACGGGGUGGAAGGAGGGACUGAGAAUGGAAUCCAUCCAGGAGGGAUUCCUAUUGGAAUUGGCCUGAAUGGGACAAGCUACAGGGCCAUCUCUCGUGUCAACACAGUGGACAUGACAGAAUUGGAGUGGCACAUUCGCUGUAACCAACAGAUGGUCCCGAGCUACUCUGAAGCCCUCCUUAUGGACUUAGACACAAGUGGGGGGACAAACCCCACAGUCUCUACACCUAUCUCUGGGCCUCCAGGCAUCACCCCGAGCCAGGGGACCAACCCACCUCCCCUGGCUCUGCCUGUGGUGUUCAACUCAGCUUACCUUCUUCAGAGCUGCCCCAGAUGCCGGCGGACCACAUCAAGUGCUAGUCUUCCAUCCAGGCUAAGGGCCCCCAUGGGAACCACAGCCCUCCUGAACGCUACAGUGGCAGGGAUCAGGGCAGCAGGGCAGGGAAGCGGAGGUAUGGGAGGAAGACUGGUGCUCAGUCGGAGCGGGUUUUCUCUAGGGAGACUUGGAGGUGGGCGCCAGAACAGCCUGUUUCAUUCAAGAAGCAUGGGGGGUGGGUUGGGAGGAUGUAGGGAAGAUGGUGGAGGAAGUGGAGGAGGAGGAGGAGGAGGUGGGGGAAGUGGUGGAGGAUUCCUGGGGUUAGGUUCAAGACAGAACAACGAGGAAACCAGAGGAGUGCUUGAAGGAGAAGGUGAUGAAGAAGAGGAGGAAGAAGAGCAGGAAGAGAGGAGAAGGGAAGAUAGAGGGAGAGGAAGGAGAGAGAGAGAUGAGGAGGCAGAGCAAGAAAGCGCAGGGGGAGGAGAGGCGAGAGACGGUGAGAGAGAUAGGCCUCCAUCCUACCAGGACGCGUUCUUCUUCCCUGUCCUCAUUAUACACGGCGAGGAGAGCUGCCAUGCUGGAGAUGAUAUGUGAUAAAGAGAAAAAUAAAAACACUGAGAGCAAGAAUGUACAGGCACAAGCUGAGGGACAUGAAAGAAGAGUGGAGGUAAACGGAGAGAGGAGAAAGGAUUCAUUCAGAACAAACAGAGAGGGAAGGUUAGAUCUGUGUGAGAAAGAAGGUGGAAACAGAAGCAAGUAAGUGACUCAAGGUAGGAAGCAAUGGAAGGAAAAAAAGGAGAUGCUGUCAGAGGCGAGAAUAAUCGGAAAAGUGGGAUAGCAAAUGGAGGAGAUCUGACAAAUACAGUGCAUACUGUAAAAAGUCAGUAAACCCACUAGAUCAGAAGGAGCCAAGAGCUGAUAGAGAGUGCAGCAGCAAGAUAAGAUGGAGCCUAAGAAAAUGAGUGAAGGCAAGAAAAUCCUUGCAAUUUUAGACAUUACUGCACAGAGAUAGGGAGAGAGGGUGACGGAUCGGAUGAUUUUGGAAAGCUGAAAACUUAGGAAUGUCUAUCGUCAGAUGUAUCUGAGUAUCUGAGCAGGAGUGGGAGGGGUAACAGGUCUAAAGAUAGCAGCUUGGAGAGGCAGUGGAGAGACACUAAACCAGCUGAGAGGUAGUGGAGUUUGUUGCUGUUGCUUUUUUUAAAAACAAAUGAAAGACUGCAAAAGGGUAUUUGAAGGCAAAAUAUGUAGAGAGGAGCUAAGAUUCUGGCCAGUUUAAAGAUCAAAUGUGGGAAAGGGAUGAAAAAUUCUAUAUAUUUGCAAGAGAAGGGAGCAGAGCAUCCAGUGUUGGAGUGCAUCAAAGAAAACAGACAAAGAAGAAUCCAAAAUGGACACAGACCAGAUUACCCUAAAUCUCAUUUUUCCAUUUGAUAGAUUCUUAAAAGCUACAAAAUAGAAUUAUCCAAAAGAUAAUCACAAAAGGAGGAGGAGAAAAAAAAGAUGUCGGACUGAUCACAGACACAACACCGUCUGUGCAACAGUCCCGACCUUGAAUCUAAUCAGGAAAUCCAAAUAACAUUGGAACAGGUCCUCACGAGAAGCUUUACUGUACGACUUCACGCAGCACCUCCCCGGCACCUUUAACAGGAGGCAGUACCAAUAAAAGAGGAAAAGCAUUGAUUUCCUCCCCGUCUCGUCAUGCCGUAUUACGUCUUAUUUCACCAUUAGCCUCCUCGCCACUAUAUCCAUUACUGUUAUGGAGCUGAUAGAAAGAAAAAAAAAAAAAAACCUCCAUAAAAGUAGAGCAGUUGCUUCCCCUACUUCGCAGCUCUGCCCUGCCCUUCUUUUCUCGAGCCGUCUCCUCCCCUGUCUCCAUUUUAUCAUCUCCUGUAUUUCUUCUAUUGUUAAAAACAAACAACUAAUAAGGAGCGUCAUAUAUUUGAAAUAAGCAAAUGUUGCAUUAACACGGUGAAUCUCCCCAUCCUCUCAUCCCGACACCAUCCCUCCGCUCCUGUUUUUCAUUCUUUUUUAAAGUGGUUGAUAUAUGACACCCUCCUCGCUCCUGCAGAUGAUGAGAUCACAUUUCCACAUGUAUCACGUCUCCUCGAGGCUGAGGUUAUCCUCUCAGUGACCAUAUUUUAUCCACUAGAUGUGUCCCACUUGUGUAACAUUUUUAUGACCUUUAUGCCUGUAUAUUUGAAGGGGAAAAAAGCAAAUUAUGUGGGCACAAUGAUAUAAGUGACUCUACCCACUGCACAGAGGACUGAAAAUGUGUAAGCAAUGGGCUUUAAAGCUGCUGAAAGGUCCGUCACAGCAGGUUUGAUUUUCACCUAAGGUAAAAUGUUUGAAUUUCCCCACAGUGAUGCCAGUGUAGUUGUGCUGUAGUUUAACACGUUUGUUCCCAAAGAUAGUCCCGUGGAAAGAGAGAAAUGCAAUAACCCCCAAACCUUCAUAUCAAUAUACUGUAUAUUACAACAUGUGUUUAGGCAUGGAAAACGACCUCCUUGUCUCAUUUAUGCCCAUAAGAUUGGGCUGCAUGGGAAGUAACACGUAAGCCGUCAGCCUCAGCUGGCAUUAUAGUACUCCACAAAAGCAAAACAAGACGUGAUCUGAGUUUUAGCUGCUUCUUUUUAACCGCACAGAUGACAAAAUUGCAAAUGAGGAAUUACAAUAUGAGGUUAACUCCCACUGACGAUUUAUCAUUAUCAGCCCUGUGAAAGAACUGUGGCCCGAAUGCGCCACGCUGCUACCUCCUGCUCUCUGAGAGUCAUCUGCAAAUAAGUAACAGUGCUCUCUGAAACAUUGCCUCGGUAUAAAAUGUGUAAACGUUUGCUGGCAUAGAGAUGCAUGUUAGCUACUAAUAGCUGUGUAGCAAAUAUGGCUAUCAUUGCAAAACGCAGUGCCAAAAAAAGUAGCGAUCGAUGAGCAAUCUGCACAGAUUCAGAUAUUUUAGAUGUACGUAGACAAGGGCGAGGAUAGCUGUGUCCUUCCAGCCCGGGAGAGACAAUUGGCACAGACCAUAAGACCUUCAGUGCUUUGAUGCUGAUACUUUACAAAGCACACCGCUGAAGUAGUUAGAUGAACAUUUGUUGACCUUUCCUGCAUAGCGCCCUUUCAGAGGUCACGCCGGCCGCUGUCUGAUGUCGGAAGCGUCUCCCUCGUUCUCUCUCUGCUUCCUGUUCACAACAGAAUGAAAAGCACACAGAGAGAACAAAGUUCAGAAGUAAUGAAGCAAAAAUAACGCCGGAUCAACUUUGUAAAUGAAAGCAGCGACGGACACGCUGACCACACGCAGACGCAAAUUUGGAUCGAGCGGAGAGAACGGGGAAGAGUUCUCCCAGUGCAGCUUUCUGGAAAGAGAAAGUAGAGCAUGACUGCUGACCUGGUUUGGUGUCGGGGAAACACAUACAUGUGUGCGCACUCUGACACGUGUUCACACACACACACACACACACACACACUGGAUCUUUGUGUGGCUUUUGGAGGAAAACUCAGCAACAGGAAGCAAAUGGACGAAAUAAUGGAGGGGGGAGGGGGGGCAAGGACGAGAGUUUAAGCACGAGUGAAGAAGAGGGGGAAAAAAAAAUGCUGAAAAUGUGAGAUUGAAAGACAAUUAUUUUUACAUAAUUAGUCUCAUAAUUAUCUCAGUCUCUUGACUUGUGGGUAAAACUGACUCCAUUCAUGUCCCUAAACAAAAAGAAGCAAUGAAAAGCACUGAGCACACUUCUGUGUUCAUUUAUUCGCAAAAGUCACAUCGUUCUCACUGAUUCUCGAACCCUCGGCGUGUUGUUUUGUUUAACUUGUAAUACUGUGGCUACUGUUCGGCAUGUGUUUUUGAUCUUUGCAUAAGUUUGAACUCGGUGAAAGUGGUGAGCUCUAACUGAAAAUCUGAAUCUGUCAGUUCAGUCAGUGAUUUGCUACUUUUAUAUCAUCUACAUUUGUAGACAUUUUUUCAGGUUUAAGUGAUCGAGAUGCUUUUGUAAGCUUACUCUUUGCUGUUUUUGUUUUGUUUCUUUUUUUUCUUGUUUUUGUAAAACUGACAAUGCUCCUGGCCCAGCGAGCUUGGGUCAAUGAGCCUCAAAUUGAGUACAGUGUUCAGACCCGGUUAUACUUGCUUACAAGUCUUAAUUUGCUCAUUUGUUCAUCUUAAAUAAGUGUAUUACACUAAUACUUGUUGUUACUGGGUAUUUAUAUGCUGUUUUAUUAUCUCUGAGUGUGUCAAAUGUGUGUCAGCCACUUCAGGUGUGCCAAGAGAACUUUGUGCCCAUGAUGUCUUACACAAACACACACACACACACACACUCACGCGCGCCUGCAUGUUUAGUCACAGCAGUAAAGCGGCCAUUGCAACUGCUUGUUUUAGAACUAGAGUGGCAUUCAUCCCGAAACCCAUAAUCAUCACGCACACCACCAUGCGGUCUUCAAACACCAACAUGCUCGCGCACACACUGAAAGCAAGGAGCUUUCCUGCUACGUUGCCUUUGUGUUGCCAACAUUAUUUUGCUCAGGAUUUCAGUUGAUCGCUGCGUUCCUGUGACGACAAAAGUUCUUCUUCAUGAAUCCAUCAACAUGCCAAAGCAAAAAAACAACAACAAAAAAAAAAAGGAAAACCUUACAGAGAAUGCCUGCGCUUCUGCACGUGCACAUUAACAGCUCACACAGGUGACUGCAUCAGGUCCACACAAUGUGCAAUAGUGUGACCUGUGCUGGUGGACUGUGUGGUGCAGAAGCAAACAUUUACAUGAAGCGACAAAAUGGUGGACAAAUAGUAAAACUGUCACAUGACCUUUAUCACCAACAUGCACCGUUUUGUUUGCUAGAAAUGUAUAUUAUUGUAUACUGAAUAGCUGAGGUGCUGUUACCAUGUAAAUCCACCUAGAAUGUUUUUUAAUACGUGGUGGUUGAUUUAACCUGGCACGCAGCUUUUGUCCACCAGAUGGCAGCAGAGCCUUAUAUAAAGGUUUAUAGGGGGUAAACCACCAACAGCUGCUGCCCUGUCCUCUGUGGGUUUGAGACUUAAGCAUCUGUACACACACCAGCUGGUGAUGUGAAACCAGGUGAUUUGUUUAGCUGCAGAUUUUCACGUGUUUAUUUUAAAGCACAUGCUGUGACAUCACCGGUUGAGGUGCGGCUAGAAAUGCAACACACCCAAACUUUUCGACACACAGGCACCGACUGCUGUCUGAUCUGAUUGUGCUUUAAUCAUCUCAGCCUCCGCUGAUUUUUUUUUCAUUAUUUUCCUUUAACUGUGACUGAAUGUGUUUGCCGAGCAACACUGCCCAUAUCCCUGCUUCUGGCUGGACUUGUAUAUGUUGCUUAGCAGCUUUCUGAACAUAUAACCACAAACAGUGGGGGCUGCAGUCAUCAAAGUGACACCACUGUUGGAGAAAAACAUUUUACAUCUUGUGACUUGGCUUCCAUUUCCGCUACAUACAGUAACUCAUCAUCUGGCUGUUUUGCUCUGUGUGACACAAAGCGAAACGGAGGAUGUUGCACCGUGAUCAGCAUUCUUCAGUGAGAGCAGUCUGUUUGCUUUCUCGUAUACACUUUAUUUAGUUGGCUCGGACACAAAAUUCUGCUCUUGUUUUCCACCUUUUGGCCAACAUCACCACUUGAAUAUCUUAUAAAAUGCUCUUAACAAUUAUGACCGAUGUAUUGUUGUCAAUACUGUUACUGUUUCUCUCGUGGUCAUGGGGUGAGUUGAGUAGUCAUACCGAGUUUGUCAAACACUGUAAAAAAAAAAACAAACAAACAAAAAAAACCAAACAUGUCUUGAAUUGAUUUGACUUAAAGUCACAUGGAUUCCAGCUGCAUGUUGAGCGUUCAUUUUCAUAAAUACCUUGUUGUGUGGCAUGGACAGUUAAACAAAUAGAAAAGUGGGAUUUCACAUGCAGUUUACUGUACCUCCAUACAUAUUGGACAGCCCAAAUGGAGCUAAAUUGCAGUAUCUACAGACCAUAAUUGUAGUAUUUAUACAUACUGAGAAGCGUUUGACCUCUGACCUCAGGCACAUCAGUGUGAGUUGCAUUAAGUCUCCAUGAUAACAACAAUUAUAACAGGAAUGUUCUGUUUGCGCUCUUUCAGUAAUGUGAGAAAUGAUCCAUCUCAUUGUUUUUUUUUUUUUUGCACUGCAAUAAUGAGCAGCUGUGUGUGUUGCUGAUGCAACAACAUGUCACCGCCUUAAGUCAGUGGUUUGCUGCCCUGACACCAAAAACAACAAUUAAUAGCACAAAAGUGGUUGUAUUUUAAAAACUCAAAUGCAUGUAAUUGCAUCACUGUAAUGUGUCAGCAGCAGCUCCUCUGAAGUUUAAAGCAAUAUAUAAUGAUCCUGCAGAUAAAGAGCGUCGGGGUACGGGUUAAUUAUACGAUUGGGGGUCAAAUUAUAGUCAGGGUGAGUUUAAAAAUGUGUUAAUACGGGUUAAAGAUGCAGUAAACGUUGACUGUACGUUGAGCUAUACUAAUCUGCUUUGCGGCCGUGUAAAACGUUCCCUGUGCUCAGUCUGUCUCUGCACUGAUUUCACAUCUCAGCUCACAUUUCCUUUCUCGCUUGAAUAGUUAAUGCCGCUGGAUUACGUGUGAACGAAUGUCAAACAAAUGGAUCGUCACCACAGUGUAGUUGUAAUGUACAUGCAGCCUGUAUGGGUUUAAAACAAUAAUGUCACAUACGGCGCAUUAUUGUCUUACACAGUGAUGUGUGAAGCCAAGAAUGGGCUUUCUGUUCAAGCACCGUCGAGCAAAAUGUCCUCAGUAUUUAAGCUACUUAAUAUGUAACUGAUAAUGAGAUUGUUAAUAUCACAGCAGAUUAUAGCUUUUGUCACUGGCCUGUUUAAGAUGAUGUAAUUUCGUGAUUCGAGCGGAUGGUUACGGUGAAGGUAAUGGAGCUGGUGGCAAUAAUGCUGUUAACUGAUGCGAUCCUGAUGAUGAUUAAUGAUGUUUAAUUGC